AUGGAAGAACUUUCCAUGGCAAAUACCAUGUUUGCCCUCAAUAUUUUUAAGCACAUAGACAAAGCAAACCCUGCCCAGAAUAUCUUCAUCUCUCCAUGGAGCAUCUCAUCCACAUUGGCCAUGGUUUUCCUUGGCGCCAGGGGUGACACUGAACACCAGAUGGCCGAAGUGCUGAAGUUUAACAAAAUUGGUGGCUUCGACAUCAAUAGGGAAACCCCAGAGAGCUUCAAGGGCUGUGAUUUCACACAGCAGAUACAGAGGGAAAUAUACCCUGAUCCUAUUUUACAGGCACAAGCAAGAGAUAAAGUCCAUUCAUCCUUCCACUCCCUCAGUUCUGCAAUUAACACAUGCUCGAGAGGUUAUUUAUUGGAAAGUGCCAGUAAGCUGUUUGGAGAAAAGUCUGCAAAAUUCAAGGAAGCAUACGUACAACUCUGUAAGAAAUAUUACUCUACAGAACCAGAGGCAGUAGACUUCCGUGAAUGUGCGGAAGAAGCUAGGAAAAAGAUUAAUUCCUGGGUCAAGACUCAAACCAAAGGUGAAAUCCCAAACCUAUUAGCUGAAGGUUCCGUAGAUGGAGACACCAAGUUGGUCCUGGUGAAUGCUAUCUACUUUAAAGGAAAGUGGAAAACUCCAUUUAAGAAAAUUAAAGAGCUUUAUCCUUUUCGUGUGAACUCGCAUGAGACUAAAAAUGUCCAGAUGAUGCACCUACGUGAAAAGCUGAACAUUGGAUACAUAGAGGAUGUAAAGACUCAGAUCCUAGAAAUUCCAUAUUAUGGAAAUAUCAGCCUUUUCCUGUUGCUUCCUGAUGACAUCGAUGAUGCAUCCAGUGGCUUGGAGUUGCUGGAAAGGGAAAUAAACUUUGAUAAACUCAACAAGUGGAUCAGCAAAGACACAAUGGCUGAAGAUAACGUUGAUGUUUACAUUCCCAAGUUCAAACUAGAACAACGUUAUGAACUCAAAUCCAUUCUGAGAAGCAUGGGCAUGGAGGAUGCCUUCAAUGAGGACAAGGCCAACUUCUCAGGAAUGUCCGAGAGAGAUGACCUUUUCCUUUCUGAGGUGUUCCAUCAAGCCACAGUGGAUGUCAAUGAGGAGGGCACAAUAGCAACUGGUGGGACUGGAGCAGUUAUGACAGGGAGAACUGGUCAUGGAGGUCCACAGUUUGUGGUAGAUCAUCCCUUCCUUUUCUAUAUCAUUCACAAAAGUACCAAUGUGACACUAUUUUGUGGUAGAUUCUCAUCACCCUAAAAGGGGAGGACUUUAUUUCUAUAUUAUAUUUUAUAGCAUGAGCUCUAAGCCUCAAAUUGCUUCUUCAAGUGCCAAAAAUUUUAAGACUUUCCUAUACAUUUCUGUACUUCUUCUAUAAACUAAACACAAGCUCAAAAGUAACUGAGAAACUGACAGCAAUGCUUACAGAAUAACUUCAUUAAUUAUUUUGUUUCCAAAAAACAGAUGAUGUCUAUUUAGUUCAUCCUCAUUAAUGCUUUGUCUUCAUAGCUUUAGU